GCGUCUUCUCUCUCCAGUACAGCAGGAGGCGCUCUGCAGCUCUUUAGUCCGCCGAUAAACCCACUAAAGAAAGAAAGAAAGAGCUCGCGUGUGAUGUGUUUGUGUAUCCUCAGUGUUUUUCUCUCUUGAGUGUUUUAUUGAAUCUUUACAGGGUCUCUUCUCUGUGUAUUUAAGUGUUGAUGAUGAGAUGGAUGUGAUGUGCUGUAAAUCAGGAACUGAUCAGGACUUACAGGAUGAUGAAUCUACUGAUCAAACCUCCACAGAGUCUCUGGAUUCUGUCUGUAACGCUGGAGAACAGCAGCAGAUCCUGCAGACCAAACUCAACAUGUGUUCAGUCAAACUUAUCGACUGCAAGAACCUCAUGAUGAAGAUGAGAAGAGAAACCACAGAAGAAGAUGAUCACACUAAGGAAGAGGACAGUCGUGAUGAUGGCGAUGAUGAUUUUAUUCCUUCAGAUGUGAAGAGAGAUGAGCUGAAGAAGAAGAAGAAGAAGAGGCAGUUUCACUGUCAGCAGUGUGGCAGUGAUUUUGGCUCCUUAUCUCAUCUGAAACGUCACAUGAGGACACACAAUGCUGAAAAGCCUUUCUACUGCACUGAAUGUGGCCAUUACUUCACCACCAAACACAGUCUUGAUUCUCAUAAGAGAAUUCACACAGGAGAAAAACCAUACGAGUGUCCUCACUGUGAGAUGAGAUUCAACCGGAAACAUCAUUUAACGAAACAUGUGCGUUCACAUACCAAAGAGAAACCGUAUCAGUGCAGUGAAUGUGGAAAAACAUUUAGGGAUUCAGGCUCUUUAAAAUCACAUGAAAAAAUGCACACUGGGGAGAAAUCCUACCAAUGUUCACACUGUGAUAAACAUUUUUCUCAUAAAUAUCAGCUGGUAUACCACAAGAGAAUUCACACUGGAGAGAAACCUUACUUCUGCUUUUACUGUGGUGAGAGCUUCUCUGAUCCAAGUACUUUUUCAUUUCAUAAGAGAGUUCACACUGGAGAGAAACCUCAUCACUGUAAUGUCUGUGGGAAGAGUUUCAGUAAACGUGGCACAUUAGUGAGACACCUGAGAACUCAUACUAGAGAAAAACUUUACAAAUGUUCUCAGUGUGAGAAGACGUUUGCUCGACCAGAUGUCCUGAGAAACCAUCAGAGAGUUCACACAGGAGAGAAACCUUACGUCUGCUCUCACUGUGGAAAGAGAUUCAGUGAUUCUGGAAAUCUUCAGAAACAUCAGAACAAACAUACUGAAGAACAAACUACACUGAAAUUAUCAUAGU